ACAGUCGCACACAUUUACACCACUUGCACUCCGACCCGCUCAAUUUCCGCUGAUAUGAAGCUCUUCGUCGCCAUUACUCUCGCCUUCGCAGCCCUUGUGGCCGCUGCUCCUGAGAACAUUGCCAAAGAAGCAGUCAACGAGCGCUCCCCCCAACGAUCCACGAAGCGUAACAUCUAGGACUAUGCAUAGCGAAUGGCGGCCAGUGUUUCAAGAACUGACUGCUUCGUCCGGGUGGGAAGAUGACGGACAGCCUAAUGGCUUCGAUUGCACGACCCUGUUUUCCUAGCCUUCUCUGUUUGCCGAGUGAAGACUGAAGGAUAGUAUAGACAAGUUUGAGACACCGCACGUCAAUAGAAUGUUCCUCAUCUUCC